UGUGAGUACGUAUAGGGGGUUGCACUGCCGAGGUUAGUUUAUGGAUGGAGUAGCGCUAAAAAGUUUUUUUUAUUAUUACUAUUUUGUUUGAAUUCAGAAAGUGAUGUUCAGGAAGAUCGUGUGAACGAGAGGAUUGCCUGAAAGAGUGUCCUAGUGACCUGACCUGCAAAGCAUCUGCUUCUGGAUUAUAAUGACUGUGCUGGAGAACCAUCAUAGCCAUUGCGCUGCUUUUGAUUACAGUAAAUUAAAAGAUGAUUCUUCAGAUGAGACUGGCAGUUAUCACAAUUACAAGACACUCAAAAGAAGUGUAACCUCAGAGAAACCCAACAAAAAUGCUCGAUACAGGAUCAGGCCUCUGGAACAUUAAAAUGCCUUUGAUUGCCCUUCUGCAAUGAAAUUUAUCAUCCUGUCUCACCACAAGCCUGUGCUUGUUUGUGUCAGUGCCCUGAUGUCCUGCUUGCUGAUUCUGAGGCUUCUUGCCCCGGCAAGCCACACACAAGACCCUGGUGUGCUGAAGCAAAAAAGUGACAAUUUCCCUGGGCAACUAAAUUCUAAUCCUAGAAGGACUGGGAUAAAUUUUGACGCCCUUCUCAGGACAAAUCAGGAACCUCCUGUUUGCUCAAAAGGGCAAGUUCUGGUAGUACUUGUGACAUCUGCUCCCUGGCAUUCAGAGCAAAGGGCCGCAAUCCGGAAUACAUGGGCGAAAAAGCGGGGCCAAGUCACCUACUCUUGGCAGGUCCUUUUUCUGAUUGGACAGCGCUCAGAAGUUGGUGUCUCCACAGAAAUCUUGCAGGAGCAGCAGGCCUACGGGGACAUUCUGGUGGGAAACUACGCGGACAGCUACAGGAACCUGACCCUGAAAGUGAUGCAUGGCUUGAAGUGGGCUGCCGACAACUGCGAGCCGCAGUUCAUUCUGAAAACGGACGACGACUGCUUCGUCAACACGGACUACCUGCCGCGCUUUCUGGUGGAGUUCAACAGGGAGAAGACGGGCCUUUACGCUGGGUCUCUGUUCGCGCCGGGAAAACGGACUGUCAUCAGAGACCCUCUCAGCAAGUGGUACGUCUCGUGGGAGGACUUCCGGGACCAGGAGUACCCUCCAUACGCCAGCGGCAUUGGCUACGUCCUCUCGACGGACGCCGUGCGCCGAAUCCUUAAAGCAGCGGAGCACGUGCCCCCCGUCCCCAUGGAGGACGCCUACGUGGGGAUCUUGGCAAAGGAGGCCAGCGUCCAUGUGAUAUCGAGCGACCGUUUCACCAAGCACAAUGUGAACUGGAGAGUUUGCAACUACAGGUACCUCAUGGUCAUCCAUCACCUGAAUGUCGGUGAGCUGAAGGUGGCUCAGGAGAACAUGAUUAAAGCCAGGACUGCCUGCUCCCAAACAAAAGAAAUCACCAGGUGGAAAUGAAGUGUGCCUCCCACACCAUCAAUUUCAAAUGCCCCCGUCCCAUACUACCUGAUAGGGGUCUUUGUUCAGCUCCUCCUGUUUCUUUUUUCAGACUUUUAUUUCCCAGGUGUCGGGGCGAAGAAAUGUUGAUUACAUUGCUGUUUCUAGGACUGCACUGCAAAUCCCCGGUCUCUGCGGUUUUGAACAUGAGGGAGUUCGAAGUUGGCUGAAAAAAUGUCUAAAACUAACAAGACCAGAUGUAAGACCAUUUCAACCAUGUGUUUUCUCUGAUCGGUACAUUGGAAACAUAACAUGUUAUGUUAGUCAUAAAGCUGUACAGGAUUUGCUGUCUUUGUUCAAGGCAUCAGACCCUUUGCGCCUGCUUUUUUUAAUGUGGGUUGUGGAAAAGUUAUC